AUGCUGUGCUUUCAUUUAGUUCCAUACAAAGUUAAAUUUGAUUUUACAAGGCUAAUAUCGGCAUUUAUUUUAUUAAACUUGUUUAAUUUUUCUUUUGCUGUUUAUACCUACUCUGGUUUAGGGUGCUAUUCUUCUUUACCUUCUGGCUACGUUUCGAGAGGAACCUACACUUAUCAAACUCCAAGUUACUGUGAACAGCAAUGUCAGGAUUAUCCUUUUUAUGCUCUCACGAAUGGCAACCAGUGCUAUUGUGGAAAUAGUGGUCCAUCUAUAUCUGCUGAUGGCACAUGCACCAGUCCAUGUACUGGAUAUGGGACGAUUACAUGUGGUGGUUCAGAUUCUUUUGAGAUAUAUGGUGAUUUAUCUGCUGAAGCUUCUUCUGAUACUUCGACGAUCACUUCCACUAGUGAUACUUCAACGGAUACAAGCACAGAUUCAGAAUCACCAGAUGUUUCAGAAAAUGAAAUACUGACGUCUAAUUCUCAAUCUACAGUUUAUUUUUUGACUACCCAGAUAACCACCUCAGGUGGAACCCAAGUCGUUUAUGUUACUUACUCGAAAACUUCAAUAACAACCUCCAUUGUGACCACAGUAUCUGAUGAAAACGAUAGCGGUAGUUCUAAAUCUAAAUUAAUUGGUCCUAUCGUUGGAGGAGAAGAAGACAAAAGGAUAAAGAACUUAUAG